AUGAUUCGGAAGCACCCGAAGUCUAUGGAGGACUCGGGUUCCACGUGCUCUACCGUACUCGCUCUUUGUCUCCCAAGAUGCAACGGACGGGGAGGCCGACGUGCGGCAAAUCCUCCAGAUCGCGGUCCCAAGUUUGACCCAGACGAACCGCCUCUUCGUUGGACAACAGCAGCUACUGCGUGGGGGGACAUUGUCCGACUACGGCAUCCGAGAGGGGUCGAUCCAAAAUGGGCUAGACCCAAUACCCGUCAAAUCGGCAUCAGGACUCUCACGGGGAAGACGAUAUUUAUCGACGUAUCCUCGUCAUCAACCUUAGGCGACGUGAAGGGGUUAAUUCAAGAUGACGAAGGCAUCCCCUCGGAACAACAGCACCUGAUUUUCAAUGGAAAAGAGAUGGAGGACGUCAACACUCUUAUCGACUACGGAGUGCAACCGAUCGACCCUCUAGACUACGAUGUGAAAAACCUUGUCCACCUGGUUCUUCGCAUCAGGGGUGGCGGCGGCGGCGGCGGCGGCGAUUUCGCAGACGUCUCCAACCCCAACACCAUGCAAACUCUACAGGUUUCGCGCGGUGGGCCAAAGUGGAGGCGUAUCAGACCCGGGCUUUGCAUCGAAGGAAUGUGCCGGAACGAGCGCUGCGAUGCCCGUGGUCAGAUGGUCAUUUCCCCCCGCGGAUACAAGGACUUCAACCUGGUGGCUGGGGAGACAGUGCCUUGUCCUGUGUGCGAUGAAGGUGUCGAGCCGAAGACGUGCGCCUUCUACCAGUGCAUGUGGCGGUACGUGGGCAAGAAGGACGGUAUCUCCACCGUCAUGAGCUCGUCGUGGGGCAGGGUAACCGACAAGUACACCCGGUUCUCCGGUAAGAAAGUGGUGAAGUGGGACCACCUGCUCAUCCAAGCACGACCCCUGGAUCUGGUGAAACCCGUCAACACAACCACCAACACCGUCCGAGUCCACAUCGACUACACAUACCUGGAGUGCACGAUAUGCAUCGACGACAUCGAGAGGGGCCAAAAGACCAUCGUUUUGACCUGUGGUCAUCACUUCCACGCCAAGUGCAUCCGCGGGUGGGCGAAAGGCGGGACGAAAGUGGUGUGCCCUAACUGCCGCCAGAAAUGUGCAAUGCCUAAAUGA